UUUCAUCAGGAUGAAGCUUCUCAUGGGCCUUGUGUUCUGUUCCUUGGUCCUGGGAGUCAGUGGACGCUGGUUUUCUUUCAUUGGUGAGGCUGCUAGAGGGGCUGGGGACAUGUGGCGAGCCUACUCUGACAUGAGGGAAGCCAACUGGAAGAACGCAGACAAGUACUUCCACGCUCGAGGGAACUAUGACGCUGCCCAAAGGGGACCUGGGGGAGCCUGGGCUGCUGAAAAGAUCAGCAAUGCCAGAGAGAACAUUCAAAGGUUAUUGGGCCAUGGACACGAGGACUCCAUGGCUGACCAGGAAGCCAACAGAUGGGGCCGCAGUGGCAAAGACCCCAACCACUUCAGACCUGCUGGCCUGCCUGACAAGUACUGAGCUUCCUCCUCACUGCCUCAGAGGACUGGACUGUGGAUCCCUGAGAAUGGGCUGGAGUUCCUCAGUUCCGUGUUCACAGAGGUUGGGAGUGAGCACACACAGUGUGUGUGUGUGUGUGUGUGUGUGUGUGUGCGUGUGUUUGUGUGUGUGUGCAAUAAAUGUAUAAUUGGCAGAAUUUCUUCU